UCAUCAUCACCAUUAUCUCCGGUACCGUGAUGACCCGGGAGGAUGGAGAAGUUGUCGGCGAGCCUGUCGGAGAUCACUUGGAGCCCGUUGGCGCUGCCGUUGGACGCGGUGGUCAGCAAGUUCCGUCUACCCACUCUGGUCCGGCUGGCCCACGGUGAAUGUGUGGAGGGUCUGUCAGAGGAGGAUGUGGUGCUGUUACACUCCUGUCGUCAGUGGACCACAGUGACGGCUCACAGCUUAGAGGAGGGACACUACGUCAUUGGACCCAAGAUAGACAUCCCUCUGCAAUACCAGGGCAAGUUCAAGUUGUUGGAUGAAGACCGGGACGUCAGGGAUCCGGUCCAGUAUUUCUCCAGUGUGGAGGAAGUUGCUGGAGUCUUCCCUGACCGGGUCUUUGUCAUGGAGACAAUCACCUUUAGUGUCAAGGUUGUUUCAGGGGAGUUCAGUGAGGACAGUGAGCCCUACAGCUUCACUCUGCAGGCUGGAGAUGAGCUGUCACUCAUGGGGAAAGCGGAGCUUCUCUGUGCCACACCGUCUAAGGAAAAGACGGGAUUGAGCGCGCUCCUGAGACGCCUGGGAAAGACUCCUAGGAGUAAAACUCCCUGCCUGGUCUGUAUGAACCAUCGCACCAAUCAGAGUGUCAGCUUGCCCUUUGGCUGCCGUGGACGCUUUUGCACACGCUCCCCUCUGGAACAAGGCAUGCUGGGAGGGGAGCACACGGUACGAAGCAUAAUCGAGAGAGUUCGCCUCCCUGUCAAUGUGUCCGUACCUUCACGACCACCACGGAACCCCUACGACCGCCAUGCGGUCCGAGAGGGCCACCGCUACAAGCUGCUCAACAUCGUCAGCAAGACGGUGGUGCUCUGCAUGGUACUACGCCGACAGGAGGUCUCCCCCUCCCAUUUCCUGCUGCUGCGUUGCAUGCCCCGGUUUAAUGUGGCCGAGGUCUCCGUUCACACAGCGGCGCUGGAGAGCCUCCUGUUGCGACACGCAUUUGACCCAGAUGCCUACUCUCGUGCAGUUAGAGAAACCCGGCCAGAGCUGGAGUGUAUGACCGAGGAGUGUGUGAGCCCACGGCGCUCUCGCAUGUGUGUGUCGGGUCAGGACUCAUUGGCACCGGCACUGCAGCGCCUCUCAAUGUGCGGGUAUGGGGGAGGGGUUUCGGACAGCCUAUCACAGCGCUGUAGGGACUCUCUUGGAGAGAGACUCGGGGAGGGACCAGGUGAGGAGAGGGAGUAUGUGACUCCUGAAUGGACUGAGGCUGAAAUGAGGACCAGUGAGGAAAUCCCUUACGAGGAACUCUGGACCAAUCAGAACGCAGAGGGUUUGGGGAAGGAGCCAAACCUCAUCUCCUUCCAUUCGUCUUCCUCACUGGACGGUUCUCUUGGUACUGUGGUGACAAGAGUGUCUACCCCGCCACCUGUACCUCCAAAAUCUGAUGCUGUGAGAGAGGAAUGUCGCUACUUGAUUGCCCCUCCGGUCCCCCCUCGCUGCUCUAAGGGGGGAUCCAUUUCCAGUCCGGCCCCCAGCCCACCCGUCCCACCUCGCUUCCCCAAAACCUCCACCUCCCCGAGACCCAACCUCUCCUUCUACUCCUCUGGACUUCAGGACAGCUGCUCACCCUCUCCAGACGCUUCUCUCUACUGUUACCCAUGCUCCUGGGCGGACUGCCCUGCCCCUAACCCCGCCAGUCCUGAGCCAGUCCCUGCCAUCUCUGCAGACAACACAACCAAUCCUCAGCCAGCACAGGCCACCUGGGCAGAGCCGUGGGUGGAUUCUUUCACCUCCUCCGGACCCCGACUCAGGCCGCCACCUCCACAGAGUCGAUUCGCUCCCUUUGGGGCGUUAAACCCCUUCAACCGCCAGUCCCCUUGCCCCUCACCUGAGCCUGCUGCCAAUCCCACGACAGAUUCCUCUAGAGGUGCAGAGGGCGGUGGGACAUCCACAGGGAUCACCGAAGGGCUGUCCCCGCCCCCUGACCCCACCUGGCGACCUCCUGCUGACCUGUCUGCUCUGUCAUUGGAGGAGGUGUCGGCAUGCCUGCGUUUCAUUGGCCUAUCAGAGGCAGCGGUAGCUGUAUUUCAGAGGGAGCGAAUUGACGGCAGUCUCCUGGUGCAGCUGACUGAGGACAUCCUGUCACAUGACUUCCACCUGAGUCGACUCCAUGUCACCAAGAUCACACAGUUCAUACAGGGCUGGAGGCCCAAAAUCUAACACACACACACACUGUCCUGAUAAUGUGCCUGUUGGCUCCUGAGCCUUCCUGAAUGUGCCUUCCACUGUGACCAACUGGCUGCUGAGCCCCUCUGACUGAAGCUGAGACUUAGCUGAAGGAAACUGUGCCACCUUGUGGUCAAACUGUAGAACUGACACUUGAUUGGCUCUCAUUGUGAGAGUCUCCGACAGAUUGACUGCAUAUUUCCUGUCUGAAUCACAGACUGGGACUAGUUUACUAACAAAUGGCUACAACAGAGAGCUACAUGAUGAAAGUGCCCUGUUUCAACUCAUAUUUGUGGCAGAUAGUCAACCAUGAUACAUCUUCAUGCUACAAAACAGCAGAAAGGUUUUAAGCACUACUUACAUUUGUGUGGCCUUCAUGCUGUGGUCCCACAUAAAAUCUGAAAUGAGGGGGAAACACGCAUUCAUUUUACGUAAAAAAUACUAUGACAAAUCAACAGAAUUCCUGCAGUUUUUACGCCUUGCAUAAAUUACACCGCAGUAAGAGUAUGAUGUGUGUUUUUACAAUAUAAGGAGCAUUAAGGGAUUCACAGCCUCUUUUGUUGACCAGUAGGAGAUGUAACAAUACAGAUGUAACAAUGAACCUGUCCCCUACACAAGUGUCUUGUAGAGCCUUCUUCAUCUGUUUCAUUGAGCUUUGGUGGCAUGUAACUGGCAAAAAUAAAUAACAGUGAGAGGUUCUGUGGAGAUAAGAAGGAGAUAGUUGUGGACAGCUAAAUAAAAAAAAGAAAAAUACAGAAAGUCUGAAAUCUUAGCACCCAAUUAAUUACUGAGUUUCUGGUGCUAAUCGAUGAUUCACUGAACCCUCUCUGAAUAUACAGCAUUCUGUAUCAAGGCCAUUUUGUGUUUUGCAACAGUGACAUUUUUAUUAACCCCCUUAAAAGGAUACCACGAGAUGUCUGUUGUCAGAUACACAGAUGUGUCGCCAUGCUAUAAUAGAAUUUUUGACCGCCUCAGAAAUAGAGUUCGUACCUCAGAUCACCUUUCCAGAUAUGCUUGAUUUAGCCAUGCAUAAUGGUUAGUAACAUGAUCACAUAGCCAUUUGAUUUGUAGUUCUUCAGUAUGCAACAUGAGACAAAAAACAUAAUGGUGACUGCUUGAAAGAAAUAGGUCCAGUAUAACCAAACAGUGCAAGAAAUGUCAGAAUAAUUUGAGAAGGAUCCACAGCCCCAUAAAAGACACUACAAUUUGUCAAACAAUCUGUUGAAGGAUUAAUAAUAUUGUAUUAGAUAUUGAAACAAUGGUUGUAGUUAUUAAAUCUAAAUUAAAUCAUUUAGUAGGAACAUGCCUUGCUUUCUGAAGUAAGUUGAAGGAAUUUUUUUCUAUUUUCUUAAAUUUCAUAGACCAAAUGAUUAAUUCACUAUUUGUAAAAAAAAAUUAGUCAGCAGAUAAAUCAAUAAUGAAAAUUAUCAUUACUUGCAGCCCUACAUUUUUAUUUCAGCUUUGGUAUAUAAAUCCCUCCAAAUCCAGCCCAAUUAUAUACAAAAUGACAAAAUGUAUCAAUUAUGCUACAGAUUUGUCAGACAAGUCUCUUUUCUUAAUGAGCAACAAAAUGGCCAAACAUCUUCCAGGACUAAAAAAUUGUUGGUUCUGAAUGAAUCCGGACAUCAGCAGAUUGACAGACAGAAGUUUUCUUCCAGCUAUUCAAAUUAAAUGGAGGCUUGCUUUAUGAAUUCUACACACAUCCUGCAUGAUUAGGUGAAUAAACUAUUUGUACCGCCCUACAGGUACGGAUGAUAGUACUGUUACUAUAACCUGGGACAAGUUAACCAGAUAACUGUGAAAAUGUAAUUUAUGUUGUUGUAAAUGUUAAAGACAACUUGUUUAUUAGUUCUUGUGAUUUUCGUAUUGCCAUACAAGCUGCUGUUGCUCUCAUAGUGUCUGAAAUAAUCCUCUUUAAAUUCCAUAUUCCCAAAAUUCCCAAAGGCUGCAUACCAACUUCCUCAAAACUAUUUCUCACGACAUCUCGUAAACUCCAUAACCCCCCCCCACCCCCCACGCACACACACACACUUUACCUCCACCUUGGUUCACUACACCUACAUAAUAUUGAUGUACUCUGUGAUCAUGUAACUGCAAGGCCACUGUAAGAAGAGCAAUGAAGAAAUAAAUGAGAAAAUAAAAUAA